AUGUGGGGAUUCAUUAGUGGAACUUCUGUGAAAUCUGAGAAUACCAAUGAGGGUUAUGUUGGUUUGAUAGAUGCUUGGGAAACAAACAAUUCAAAAAUUAUUACUUGGAUUAACAACUCUGUGGAGCAUUCCAUAGGUAGAGAGUUGGCGAAGUAUGAGACAGCAAAGAAGGUUUGGGAUCAUCUAUCAUUGGGAUCAAUUGGCCCUUACAGAAUCGAUAGAAUUAAAGGCAUUGAUUUUGAAGGACUCAGAGGUUCAAUUUUGCAUCGUUCUCCACUUCCUUCUGUUGACUCAGUUAUCAGUGAGUUAUUGGCUGAAGAAAUACGUCUUAAGUCUUACACUGAAAAUGGAAUUCUUUCUGCUUCUAAGCCUUCUGUAUUAGCAGUGUCUUCUAAGCCAUCCUCUAAUAAUCAAAAUAAGCUUUACACAAGGGUUGCCUUUGACGAGUGCAGUUUCUGCAAGCAUAAAGGUCAUUGGAAGGCUCAGUGUCCUAAGUUGAGACAGUCGAAUCAAUUACAGCAGCAAUCUCAAGCUUGGAAGCCUGGCAACCAAUCACGAUCUAAUGCUCAUAGACCACCACAAUCUAAUACUGCAGCAGUAGCUUCAUCAGAUCCUAUCACUGAUCCUAGUACUUUGGCUGAGCAAUUUCAGAAGUUUCUCUCCUUACAACCUCAAGCUAUGUCUGCUUCUUCCAUAGGAUCUGCAGUCUCAGAAGCUGAUUGGGACAGGCCGUAGGAAUGGUGUACUAUAUAUUUUGGAUGAGCUAAAAGUGCCAGUUGCUGCUGCCGCUACUAGUGUUGAUUUGUCUUCGUUUCGUUUGAGUCCUUCUUCUUCUAGUUUUUAUUUAUGGCAUUCUCAUCUAGGUCAUGUUUCGUCGUCUCGUUUGAGAUUUUUAGCUUCUACAGGGGUUUUAGAAAAUUUACACCCUUGUGAUAUUUCUGAUUGUAGUGGAUGCAAA